AUGUCAUCUACUACGCUGCUCAAUGAGUUCCCGGCACCACGUCACGACACUUCUUCCUCCAACAUACAAGGAGCAGUGGCAGAGUUCGUUGGUAUCCUGGGUAAGGACAAUGUCAUCAGUGACAAGGAAGCUCUGGCACCCUACUCCACUUCUGAGUGGUCCUCUUAUUCUCCCGGUAAAACCGAAGUUUCCUCAGUAGUUGUUUGCCCUUCGACCACGGAAGAGGUCUCCCGUGUGAUGGAGAUCUGCCAUCGACGCAGACUUCCAGUGACAGCAUAUGCAGGGGGGACAAGUCUUGAGGGGCACUUUGCGCCGACCAGAGGAGGAGUCUGCAUAGACUUCCAAGGCAUGGACCAAAUCCUAAAAGUGCACAAAGAUGAUCUGGACGUCGUAGUGCAACCUGCAGUGCAGUGGGAAGUAUUGAACGAAGAACUCGCCAAGGAUGGGCUCUUCUUCCCUCCAGACCCUGGCCCCGGCGCAAUGAUCGGUGGUAUGGUCGGUACUGGCUGUUCGGGAACAAAUGCAUAUCACUAUGGAACCAUGCGUGACUGGGUGCUGUCUCUGACAGUUGUUCUGGCCGAUGGGACAAUUAUCAAGACCAGGCAGAGGCCACGGAAAUCGAGCGCCGGUUAUGAUCUGACUAGGAUGUUCAUCGGCAGUGAGGGUACACUUGGCCUAGUCACCGAGGCGACCUUGAAGCUGGCCGUCAAGCCGAUGAACGAGGCAGUGGCAGUUGCGUCUUUCGCGUCCGUUCAUGAUGCAGCCAGCUGUGUUUCCGAAGUGGUCAAACAGGGGGUCAAUAUCGCCGCCGUGGAGCUCCUGGAUGACGUUCAGAUGAAGUGCAUCAACACGAGCCAAACAACGAGUCGUUCGUGGGACGAGGCUCCAACAUUGUUCUUCAAGUUCUCUGGAGCGCCCGGCGAAGUGAAGGAGAAGAUUUCGAUUGUUCAGAAAUUAGCUGAGAAUGCUAACAAGAAGACUUUCACAUUCGCCCGCAACUCGGAAGAGGUUGAUGAGUUGUGGAGUGCAAGAAAGGUAGCGCUGUGGAGUAUUCUGCAGAUGAAACAGCAGCCAACGGAUCAUGUCUGGACCACCGACGUCGCUGUGCCCAUGAGCAGACUACCCGAUAUCAUCGAGCAAACUAGGGAGGAGAUUUCUGCCAGUGGUUUACUUGGAGGCAUCGUUGGCCAUGUAGGCGAUGGGAACUUCCAUGCAAUGCUUCUCUUCAAUGACGAUCAACGCAAGGUAGCGGAGAGUGUUGUCCACAACAUGGUUAAGCGUGCCGUGGAAAUGGAAGGGACUGUCACUGGGGAGCAUGGAGUAGGACUGGUGAAGAGGGACUAUCUGGAGCAUGAGCUUGGUAAAACAACCGUCGAUACGAUGCGCAGAUUCAAACAAGCGCUUGACCCUCUUUGCCUGCUCAAUUGUGAUAAGGUUGUGAGAGUUCAAGUCCCCAAGCAGGGAGAAAUCCCCGAGUGGUGA